ACUUGCGUUCCUUCCUUCCAAGAUGGCGGCCAGUCCUGCAAUAUCCAUGUAUCGUCUGCCAACUUAUUACGAAGAGAUGGUUGUACCACUUCCAAAGUGCAUGUAUAGCUUGCCGAGCUACUUUCAGACGAAUUCAGAAGUGGAGGGUGUCCAAACACAGGAGUCUUCAGCGAGUCUUCAAAUUCUCGAAACUAGACAAGAAGACAUUCUUUGUGAACUGAAUGGAUUAAAAGCUGCUGUCGAGGAAAUGGCCAGUCGUGUUGGUGUAUCUCUUCCGCGUCAAAAAGCGAAAGCAACUCCAAGUACACAUGACUUUGUUAUAUCAGCUUCGCCUACUGACCCACCACUGAUCGUUAGUACAUUACAGCAUGUCAUGAAACAGAGAGGGUUAGAUCACUCUACAGCAACUUUUGUUCACUCAUCAGUUCAAGGACCCAUUCAAGAUCCUGUUAAAACACGCUUCCAGAACUUUGCUAGCUGUAGUAAGGAAAUUGGCCGUGCUCCAGUAAUUUUAACAGUUGUAUGGAAAGAAGUGGGAGAUCUUCCAUUUCUGGUGGUAUCACCCUGUGCUCACACCCCUCUAACUGGUGAAAUAACUAUAGCAAGGUUCCUCUGCCGGACACUUCUCCCAGACUUGUAUGGCAACCUAACACCUGAAGAAUCAGCCACUGUUGACAACUGGAUCGACCAAUCACUAGCAGGCAAUAAAGAGAGAACUGCUGCUUUGAAAAGCCUCAAUGUAAAGCUUGCAAAGCAGAAAUGGAUUCUGGGUGAUAAAAUGACCCUCGCUGAUGUUGUUCUUGCAUGCUGCACUGUGAAAGAGAAUGGUGGCAGCUCUGUGCCUGGCAAUGUUAAUAAGUGGCUGAUGAGAAUUCCAGGACUGUUACCGAGUAACUAAUUCAAUAUUAUAGGCAUGCAAUGUGUGCAUAGUUCUACCUAGCUACAGGCCUUUCCUCCGAUAGACAGUUGGCAUAAAUGGUGCCUAAAUUUGGAUAAUAUUACUGGAGACAUGCUAAGCCUUGUGUUAAUGUUUUCAGACAAAGGAGUUUUCACAUGAAUGUGAGGCUUGGGAUAUAUCAGUAUUGCUAUUCAAAUAUCGGCACAAUGUGUGCAAGUGUCUACACUAGCCUAUAGUAUUACUUUAAUAGACCAUUUUCGUAUUCUUUGUAUUGGACUGGAACUCGCUUGCAACCCAGGCUGUUGUGGGGAGUCUUUUCAAAUGCAAAUGGCAUUUAUCUCUUUUUAAUGAUAUUUCCCCACAUGAGUCCAAUACCAAGAAUACGAAAAUGGUCUAUUACUCGUCUGUUUAAGAAAACAGUCAAAAUUCAGCACUGUAUACUUGAAGACUGAAGUGUACUGAAACCUACAUGUACUAUGACAUGUCAAAACUGAGAAUGCAGAAACACAGAAAUGCAGUGUUGCUAACAAAAAAUAAAUUGACAUUUCACACCAAG